GAAAGGGGAUUUCCUUUGAUACCCAGUGCACAGCAGUGAUUGAGUAACAACCAGAGAGCUGCAGACCAGACACUGAGAGCGGAAGGACAUUUAGAAGACGACAACAUCCAGAAAACUACCAUAAUGUCAGACGAUCAACCCUCUCCACCCUCCAGCGGCUCCUUGUGCCCAGGCUGCCAGGGUGAAGGGUCGCUGCUGCUGCCCUGCGGACACACUCUGUGCCAGGCUUGCCUGCAGCUGUGUCAGGAUGAGCUGGGACAGGACGGGCCGGGCUGUACCGAGUGUUACAGCCGCGAGCUACUGGACGGCGUGCUGAAGGGGCUGCUCGACUCGCUGUUCCAAGGGCAGCCGCGGCGGGUAGGAAACGGCGUGGAGGAUGGAGAUCUGUGCAGACAGCAUAGAGAGAGACUGACUCAGUACUGUAUGGAGGACGAGGAGCUGAUCUGUGAUCAGUGUCAGGGAGAGGAACAUGAAGAUCACGAGUGCAGCUCCAUAGAAGAGGCAACGCAAGAGUGUAAGAGGGAGUUGAGAGCAGCUCUUGGACCCCUGCAGGAGAAACUGGAGAUGUUAAAUACAGCCAAGCAAACCUGCCAGGAAACUUCAGAACACAUCAGGACACAGGCCCAGAACACGGUGCGUCUGAUAAAGGAGAACUUUGAAAAGCUCCAUCAGUUCCUGUAUGAUGAGGAGAUCUCCAUGCUGAGAGCUCUGAGUGAGGAAGAGGAGCAGAAGAGCCAGAAGAUGAAGGAGAAGAUGGACAAACUGACAGAUGAGAUUAUGACCUUAAGAGAAGCCAUAAGUUCAACAGAAGAGGCCAUGAGCGCUGAUGACAUGGCAUUUCUGAAGAACUACAAGAAGACUUCAGAACGGAUGGACUGCACCGUUCAGGACCAAGUGGAAAUCUCUGGAGCUUUGAUUGAUGUGGCCAAACACAUCGGCUCGCUCAAGUUCAGAGUGUGGGAGAAGAUGCAGAGUGCCGUCACAUACACUCCCGUGAUCCUCGACCCCAACACUGCAGACGUCUGCGUGGCUCUGUCCGAAGACCUCACCACCAUCCGCUACAUGGAGGAAGACCAGCAGGUCCCGGACAACCCUGAGCGCUUCUGCUUCUACGAGUGUGUCCUGGGCUCCGAGGGCUUGGGCUCCGGCCGGCACAGCUGGGACGUGGAGGUGGGCGACUGCAGCGAGUGGGUGCUGGGGGUGGUGAGAGAAAGCGUGCAGCGUAAAGAGUGGUUCCCGCCGAGCCCCGAGCGCGGCAUGUGGACCAUCUGCCUGUACGGAGGAGAGUAUCGCGCACGGACGGCCACCAGCGCUCCUCUGGCGCUCAAGAAGAAACCACAGAAGAUUCGGGUUCAGCUCGACUGGGAGGCCGGCAGAGUCAUGUUCUCGGACGCCGGAGACAACUCUCUGCUCUACAAGUACAAGCACAAGUUUACGGAAAAAGUGUUUCCGUAUUUCUCCAACACUUGUAAAAGACAUGCGCUGCAUAUUUUAUCGGAGAAGGUGUCUGUGUACACGGAGUAACUCAACAGACAUUUCAUUAUCGACACUUUUCUGAGCCGGAAGGACUGAAGUAGUACAAGAAUGACUUAAAAGAGAUACACUACCAGUCAAAACAGUAAGAUUUUAUUUUUAUUUUUUUUAAAGAAGUCUCCUCUGCUCACCAAGCCUGUAUUUAUUUGAUCCAAAGUAUGGCAAAACAGUACAAUAUUUUUACUAUUUAAAAUAACUUUUCUAUUUGAAUAUAUUUUAAAAUGUAAUUUAUUCCUGUGAUUUCAAAGCUGAAUUUUUAGCAUCAUUACUCCAGUCACGUGAUCCUUCAGAAAUCAUUCUAAUAUUCUGAUUUGCUGCUCAAAAAAACAUUUAUUAUUAUAUGCUGAAAACAGCUGAGUAUAAUUUUUUCAGGUUUCUUUUAAUAUAAAGUUCAGAAGAACAGCAUUUAUCUGAAAUAGAAAUCUUUUGUAACAUUGUGCCUUUAUUAUCACUUUUGAUCAAUUUAAAGCAUCCUUGCUAAAUAAAAGUAUUAAUUUCUAUAAUUUCUUUCCCCAAAAAAAGAAGACUCGAAUGGUAUUGUAUAAUGUUACAAAAGGGUUUUUUUUUUAAUGGUGCUUAAAAUUUUGCUUUGAUCACAGGAAUAAAUUACAUUUUAAAAUAUAUUCAAAUAGAAAGCAUUUAUUUUAAAUAGUAAAAGUAUUUCACAGUUUUGCUGUACUUUGGAUCAAAUAAAUGCAAGUUUGGUGAGCAGAAGAGAAUUCUUUAAAAAACACAAAAAAUCUUACUGUUCAAAAACUUUUGACUGGUAGUGUAGUUCACUCACAAAUGACAGCGUUUCCAUCAUUUACUCACCCUCAUGUUGUGUCCCACUUGUAUGAACAUAAAAGAGCAUAUUUAAAAAAAUGUGGGGAACCAAACAGUUGACGGUAGCCAUUGAUUGUAGAAAUUGAUUGAUUGAUUGAUUGAUUUUCUUUCUUUCUUUCUAGGUCACAAUUUUCAUUUUUGGGUAAACUAUCCUUUUAACAAGGCUAAUACACUACCGUUUUUUUUUUUUUUUUUUUAAUUCAGCAAGGAUGCAUUAAAUUGAUCCAAAUUGACUGUCUAUUUUGAAUAAAUUUUCUUUUUGAACUUUCUAUUCCUCAAAGAAAUCUGAAGAAAAAAAAUGCAUUUCCACAAAAAUAUUAUUCAGCAUAACCAUUUUCAACAUUGAUGAUAAGAAAUGUUGACAAUGAAGACUGGAGCUUUGUCAUCACAGAAAUUACAUUUUAUAAUAUAAUACAAUAGAAAACAGUUAUUUCAAAUGGUAAUAUUUCAAAAUAUUACUGCUGUUUUUGCAGAUUAGUUUCUAUAAAUGCCAUUUUUUGGGGGCUGAGUUUUGAGUUCAUAUUUUUGUAUAUCAGACUGUUUUAAUUAUUAAUUAAAUUUUUAAUAAUAUGAUUUAAAAUGUGAUUUUUCAUUAUAUGAAAGUCUCUUUGGCUCAAAAUACACUACUGUUCAAAAGCUUGGCUAAGAUUUUUAAUAUUUUUGUAAAAUCUCUUAGGCUUAUCAAGGCUGCAUUUAUUUGAUCAAAACACAGUAAAAACAGUAAUAUUGCAAAAUAAUAUUACAAUUUAAAAAAAAAAUUUUUUUGGGGGGUAAUGUAUCCUUGUGAUCAAAGCUGAAUUUUCAGCAUCAUUACUCCAGUAUUCAGUGUCAUUAUGAUCCUUCAGAAAUCAUUCUAAUAUGCUGAUUUGAAAUCUUAUUAUCAGUGUUGAAAACAGUUGUGCUGCUUAAUAUUUGUGUGGAAACUAUGAUAUCAGGACAUGAAGUUCAUUAAUAUGAAAUAGAAAUCUUUUGUAACAUUAUAAAUGUCUUUACUGUCGCUUUUAAUAAAUUUAAUGCAUUCUUGCUGAAUAAGUGUUCAUUUCUUACAAAAAAAAUAAAUAAAUAUUGACCCUAUGUUUUGAAUGGUUAAAGUGCAUCUGAUAAAUGACUAAUUAUAGUACAAGGUUUGAGAAAAUUCAAAACUUCUGAGUACAGCUGAAGAAACUUCCAAUAUAAAAGCAUCUGAUGCUUGCUGUUGAUGUGGUCUUUGUGCUGAAGCUCUGUGAACUCUGGGUGAACAUCGCUCCGAAUAAAGCACUGAUGACAUCUCCAGCUGUCCAGCCUCAUCAACCCCAGCCGAUGACACGUGUUUCUGGAGAAAGCAGACACUCGCUCCCCUCGCCUGAGCACACACAAGUCUCUCUACCUUUUCCUGUGAUCAUGACUUUGCAAACUCGAGACGUGUGCACAGAGGAGAACCAGAUUACAACAUCAAGUAUAUUACCAUCUGCAACAUCUUCCAACAGAAACAUAGCUUUAAUAGUAUGUAAACAAGCACAUAUCUGUGAAUGUAAGAUUCUAUUCAGAAUAUUAGAUUGCUGCUUACUUAAUAUUGUGCAGUAUAAAUAGUCUACUUUUUUAAAUAGUGGGUAAAACAAUAAUUUUGCAACAAAACAAAAAAAAACGUUUUCAAACAGUUGCAUGUUGCAUUGUCAUGAUUAUAACUGUUUUCUUAUUUUGCAUUUUUAAUUCAAUUGAAUCUGUAAUGAAAUCAUUCAUCACACUGCAAAUUGAAAGUCAAAUGCAAACGACUGGAAAACUACUAUAUGCACAAUACUAAUAUAUAGGCAUUUCUGGAAUUUAAAAAAACAACGCUUUUUUAUCAGUGGUUAUUAGGAAAACAUUCAAAUUUUUGCAAACAAAGCUUGCUUUUAAUAACUAUUGCACUGUUGUUGCCAAAGUAAAUACUACUACUAAUACAUUUUAUUUUAUUAUUUUAAAAGAUGUUAAUUAACAUAAAUUAUCAUGGCCUAAUGACCCCACCCCUUGUGGUCAUACAAUAAUCAUGACAAUAGAGACUUUUCACAUACUGCUAUGCAUUUACCUAUAUUAAUGUUUCAAAUGCUUUUAUCAAAAAAUAAAUGAAAAGAAUUCAAAUUUCUGCAAUUAACAUGUCUAACAAAGUUUUUUUUAAUUUUUUUUUUAUAAUUUUUUUAUUCAAAUGUAUUAACAUUUGAACAUAACAUUAUACAUGGUGCUAGUUAAAAAAACAAAAACUAGUAAACGCUGCUGCCAUGUGUUAUAUUUUCCAAUUUCAUUUUUCUGACUGCCAUGAUCAUUUUUUUUUCUCUUCAUUUGGAAAGUCAUGGAAAUGCAAUAGUUUUGUUUUUCUUCAUUUGCUGUUGCUGAAAUAAAAAAUAUACAUCAAAAUGACGAAAAUCUUAAACAACAACAAUAAAACUACA